AAAAAAACAAAAAAACAAAAGCGGAACAACAAAAAAUCAGCAACUAAAACUCGAACAAAAUCAUAAGAAAAUUCUUAUCCAGAUAACAAAACAGUUGAUAGAUCGUGUGUCCAAACAUCGAAUCAAAAAAAAAAGGAACUCAUUCAGACCAAAAAAGAAUCGAAACACAUUUACCGGCUUCCAAAGAACGAUUCUCAAGUGUUAUUUCGCCGUAUCUCUCCAAAAGUCUCGACUAAACUCUCAACCGGCAGGAACUCUCGACGAUUCUCAGUUUGUUAUUUGUUUGAACUUGUUUGCCCUCCCACAACACAAUAACUCAUCAGUCCAUUUUAGUUGUUAAAGAAAAUACUCGACAAAAGUAACGAACUACUUAUAUUUGAGAAACAAAAAAAACAUUACGAAAAAGUCGCGAACAAAUUGAUACCAAAAAAAUAAGAGAAGACACGAAAUGAACAAAGACACAAGUUACAAAAUUCAAAUGUAAAAUCAAAAGUACAAAGCAAAAAGAUUGUUGGCAACAUUUUUAUAAGUAUAUAUACGUAUUAUUAUGAUUUGUAUAUAUUUUUUAUACGAACUCAAAACUACAGAGUCCAGAACUCGAUUUUGAUACGCAGAAUUGCUCAUGUGAUGCUCCGAAUCCUCCGACGGGUUACACCAUAUCGAGAAGUUAUCCAAUGAGAAAGCCGCUUAAAUUUUGGAGGAUCUAUGAUGGACGACAGAGAAAAAUAACGCUUUGUUUGUGAAAGAUUUUUUGAGCGCAAGCAAGGAUUAUUAAAAACGAAAACCAAGCCAAACCAACUAAAACCCAAAACGACAAAAAAUCGACAAAAAACGAAUUGAAAACCAAAGAAGUAAUAACAUCUCAAAAUCCAUUCGCAAGUUUUCGGGCAAAGGCAUCGAAAACACACAUUUUUGAGUAUCGAAUCAAAGCGAAACUAAACCAACAAAAAACUGGCAAGGAGCAGAAAGGACAUUGAGAACGAGUACGGGAGUGAAACGAAGGGAAAUACAAAUCAAAUCUAAAUAAAAUUAAAUGCAAAGGACAUUCGCAUGUGUGUGGUGGUGGAACGAAAAUUCAAAACAAAAUUCACAAUUAGAAAACGCAGGAAAAAACGUAGAAAACGCAGACACAAAAUCAAGAGUGCCAGCAGCAGAAAAAGCAAAAGCAGCAAAAGCAAAAGCAGCAAAAGCAAAAGCAGCAGCAACCAACUGUCAACAGCGGGAAGAAUUUUGAACUGGAACAUUUCGACCAAGAAAAAAAGGUUGGGCGACAGCAAAAUUUCAACGUUUUGGCGCACUACAACACAGCGGCAGCAGCAACGCAACAGCAGCAACAGCAACAGCAACAGCAGCAACGCAACAGCAACAGCAGCAAGGACAUCGCGGCCAGGCAGCCAGGAUUGCAGGAGCGAGCGGUUUUGAAAGCGCAGCACACAUCGAUAGCAUCCCUUCCCACUUCUACUUCUCCCCCACCCCCCUCUCGAAAUCUUCCUCUUGUUCUUCUAGGACUUGCAAAAACAACAAACAAGGAUAGACUUUGGCUUAGAGGAAAAGCCGCAGCCAGGACUUAAACUUGAAAUCACGCAUACGCCGCGGCGAAAACGCGUUGCUCUCCUCUCGCUCUUUGCCGCAACGAAGCAGGGGAAAGGCCAGCCAAUCCGAAGAAGCGGAGAGGGUGAAAGCGGGUCGCUGAGGGGAAAGCAGAGCGGGCCGAGGAAAGCAGCGAAAGCAGGGAAAGCCGAGAAAACAGGCAAAGCAGCUGAGGCGAGAGAGAGCUGCUGCUGCUGGUGGGCAUCAUCUUAUGAUGUCAUCGGAGGAGUACGAGGCGGACUGUUUUGGUUUGUACAGCGAUGAGAACAACGUGCUGCUGAAGGCAACCGAGCCGGAGACAACUUCCACCAAGCAGCAACAUCACUCGCAGCAACAGCAACAACAGCAACAUCACCAACAGCAACAGCAGCAACCACCGCCGAGCAGCAACGGCCACACGUCACCAAUACCUUUGCAAAUCAACGGCGACGGCAGCGCGGCGAAUUGCGGCGAGAGUGCCAAGACUAAUACCAAUACAAGCGGCAACAGCAACAGCAGCAACACCAAUACAGACGCAGACAAGGAGCAAGAGAGAGAGAAGGCGAAGGAGAAGGCGAACGACGACGAGCCCGAUUCCGACGACUCCGACGACGACGUCGUGGUUGUGCUCGAAGGCUGCGAAGGCAACGCCAGCAGCAGCAGCAGCAACAACACAAGCAGUGGCAGCAGCAACAAGGCAGCGGCAACAGCAGCAGCAACAACAACAACAACAGCAGCGACAACGACGACGGCGUCGACGAACCAUUGUAAUCGCAGUGGCGGCAGUCGCAGUCAUCGCAGCGCCCGCAGUAGUCGGCAAAUCAGUCAGUCAACGGCCGUCGGCAAAGCAACAACGUGCGCGGCUAAAAAGCCAACAGCAACACAAGCGCCCACGCCAAUAGCCAAGAACUCGAACGUAAACGUAAAUUCGAGCCUUAACUCGAAUUCAAAUUCAAAUUCAAACUCGAACGUGAACGUAAAUUCAAACGGUAGCGGAAACGGAAACGCGAACAGUAAAGUGAAUCGUCGUUCGCGUCAGAGAUCCUUAAGCAAAGACAUUAAUCAACAGCAACCGAGUAAUAAUUGCAACAGCAACAUCAAUAGCAACAGCAACAGCAAUAGCAAUAGCAGCAACUGCAACAGCAACAGCAACGGCGGAGCAACGGCAACCGCUGCUGGCUUCAUGAGUAGCGCUGCUGCGGCUGCUGCGGGUGCCGCUGGUGGAGGAGCCCUGUUUCAAAUCCAACCACAAUCGGUCAGCACGGCCAGUAGCAAUAGCAAUAAUAAUAAUAACAAUACCGUUAAUACGGUUAAUACAAGUGUCAACGCUGCCGCAGCGGCAGCUGCAGUUGUUGCUGCUGCCACACACUCGCCGACGAGCAACUCACCGGUCUCGGGCGCCAGUUCGGCAUCGUCCUUGCUGACGGCCGCAUUUGGCAACCUGUUCGGUGGCUCCUCGGCCAAGAUGCUGAACGAGCUGUUCGGCCGGCAAAUGAAGCAGGCCCAGGACGCAACGAGUGGCCUGCCCCAGAGUCUGGACAACGCGAUGCUAGCCGCCGCCAUGGAGACGGCCACCAGUGCCGAACUGCUCAUCGGCAGUCUCAAUUCCACGUCCAAGUUGCUGCAACAGCAACAGCAACAGCAGCAACAGCAGCAGCAACUGAACAACAAUAGCAUUGCGCCCGCCAACAAUACGCCCACGUUGAGCAACGGCACCAAUGCCUCGAUCUCGCCGGGAUCGGCCCACAGUUCCAGUCACUCGCACCAGGGAGUCUCGCCCAAGGGAAGUCGUCGGGUCUCCGCCUGCAGUGAUCGCUCCUUGGAGGCGGCGGCCGCCGAUGUUGCCGGUGGCUCACCGCCGCGAGCAGCUUCGGUGAGUUCGCUGAACGGCGGAGCCAGCAGUGGCGAGCAGCACCAGUCGCAGUUGCAACACGACCUGGUCGCCCAUCACAUGCUGCGGAAUAUCCUGCAGGGGAAAAAGGAGUUGAUGCAAUUGGAUCAGGAGCUGCGCACUGCCAUGCAGCAGCAGCAACAGCAGCAACAGCAGAUGCAGGAGAAGGAGCAACUCCACUCCAAGCUCAACAACAAUAACAACAACAAUAUUGCUGCCACCGCCAACAACAACAACAACAACAUGGAGAGCAUCAACCUGAUCGACGACUCCGAGAUGGCGGACAUCAAGAUCAAGAGCGAGCCCCAAACAGCUCCUCCGCCGCAGCAGUCGCCGCACGGGAGCAGCCACAGCAGCCGGAGUGGGAGUGGAACUGGAAGCCACAGCAGCCUGGCCAGCGAUGGCAGUCUGCGGCGCAAGUCCUCCGACUCGCUGGACAGCCAGGGUGGCAACGAUGAGCAGCAGGACGAGGACGACUCGGCUGUCAAUCGCCAGAGAUCCGAAAGAUCCGAGAGUCGCGCUCCCGAGGGGCCGCAGUUGCCCACCAAAAAGGAGUCGGUGGACGAUAUGUUGGACGAGGUGGAGCUGAUGGGCCUGCACUCGCGUGGCUCCGACCUGGAGAGCCUCGCCUCGCCCAGCCACUCGGACAUGAUGCUGCUGGACAACAGCAAGGACGACGUCCUCGACGAAGACGACGACGAGGAUUGCGUGGAGCAGAAACGCGAUUCGGGCAGUGGUUGUCUGAAGAAGCCCGGCAUGGAGUUGAAGCGCGCCCGCGUGGAGAACAUUGUCUCGGGGAUGCGAUGCAGUCCCUCCUCGGGACUGGUGCAGGCCGGUCAGCUGCAGGUGAACGGCUGCAAGAAGCGGAAGCUCUACCAGCCGCAGCAGCACGCCAUGGAGCGCUAUGUGGCCGCCGCAGCGGGACUGAACUUCGGCCUGAACCUGCAGAGCAUGAUGCUCGACCAGGACGACAGCGAGUCGAACGAGCUGGAGUCGCCGCAGAUCCAGCAGAAGCGGGUGGAGAAGAACGCCCUCAAGUCGCAGCUGCGCUCGAUGCAGGAGCAGCUGGCGGAGAUGCAGCAGAAGUACGUGCAGCUGUGCUCGCGCAUGGAACAGGAGUCCGAGUGCCAGGAGCUCGACCAGGAUCAGGAUCAGGAUGCCGAGCAGGAGCAGGAGCAGGAGCCCGACAACGGCAGCAGUGACCACAUCGAGCUCUCACCUUCGCCCACCUUAACUGGAGACGGUGAUGUCAGUCCUGCCCACAAGGAGGAAGUGGGAGUGGAGCGACCAGGAUCGAGUUCCCCUUCGCCUUCACCCUUGAAAGCCAAGGCAACGCUGGGCGAGGGUAACGAGUCCGGGGCCAACAUGCUGUCCCAGAUGAUGAGCAAGAUGAUGUCCGGCAAGCUGCACAAUCCCCUCGUAGGAGUGGGUCAUCCCGCCCUGCCACAGGGAUUCCCACCGCUGCUGCAGCACAUGGGCGACAUGUCGCACGCGGCCGCCAUGUACCAGCAGUUCUUCUUCGAGCAGGAGGCCCGCAUGGCCAAGGAGGCCGCCGAGCAGCAGCAACAGCAGCAGCAGCAGCAGCAGCAACAGCAGCAGCAGCAGCAACAGCAGCAGCAACAGCAGCAGGAGCAGCAACGCCGCUUCGAGCAGGAGCAACAGGAGCAGCAGCGGCGCAAGGAGGAGCAACAGCAGCAGAUCCAGCGCCAGCAGCAGCACCUGCAGCAGCUGCAGCAGCAGCAGAUGGAGCAGCAACACGUUGCUGCCGUUCCGUCGCGGCCGCAGUUGCACCACCCGGCGCCCGCUCGAUUGCCCACCCGAAUGGGCGGUGCUGCCGGGCACACGGCUCUGAAGUCCGAGCUCUCGGAGAAGUUCCAGAUGCUGCGCGCCAACAACAACAGCUCGAUGAUGCGCAUGUCCGGCACGGACCUCGAAGGACUCGCCGACGUCCUGAAAUCGGAGAUCACCACCUCGCUGUCCGCCCUGGUGGACACCAUUGUGACCCGCUUCGUCCACCAGCGGCGGCUCUUUAGCAAGCAGGCGGACUCGGUGACCGCAGCGGCGGAGCAGCUGAACAAGGACCUCCUGCUGGCAUCGCAGAUCCUCGACCGGAAGUCGCCGCGCACCAAGGUGGCGGACAGGCCGCAAAACGGACAAACGCCCGCAACACAAUCAGGUAAUAAUGGUUCACUACUCCUAGCUAAUAGUCAAAUGCCCUCCCAAACGAACGCGAGCGGUUCGAGUGCGCAGCAGCAACAGCAGCAGCAGAAUGCACAGCAGCAGCAGCAGCAACACAGCUCGCAGCAACAACAGUCGCAGCAACAGCAGCCACCGCAAAAUGUGUCGCAGCAACACAUACAACAGCAACAGCAGCAACAGCAAUCGCAUCCUCUGCUGCCGCCCAACUGCCAGCAGCUGAUCUCCGCUCCCCGCCUUAAUGGCAGCCAGCUGUCCUUCGCCUCGCCCGCCGCUGCUGCAGCCGCUGCAAUGGGACUGCAGAUGCAUCAUGCCGCCGCAGCAGCAGCAAUGUCCGCCCAGCAGCAGCAGCAGCAGCAACAGUCGGGGGAUCCCAACGGGAGCACUAACCCAAACGGCGGCUCGGCGAACCCCACUAACAGUAGCUUAAGUACCCUUAAUAUACCGCCUCCUCACAUUCGUCCUUCGCCCACAGCGGCUGCCAUGUUCCAGGCGCCAAAGACGCCGCAGGGCAUGAAUCCGGUGGCCGCCGCCGCGCUCUACAACUCGAUGACCGGACCCUUCUGCCUGCCGCCCACCGACCAGCAGCAGCAGCAGCAGACCGCCCAGCAGCAACAGUCCGCCCAGCAUCCGCAGCACCAGCAGCACCAGCACCAGCAGCAGCAGCAGCAACAGCAGCAGCAGCAGAACUCGCAGCAGACGCAGCAGCAGCUGGAGCAGAACGAGGCGCUCAGCUUGGUGGUGACCCCGAAGAAGAAGCGCCAUAAGGUGACCGAUACGCGCAUCACGCCGCGCACAGUCAGCCGCAUUCUGGCCCAGGACGGUGUGGUCCCACCCAGCGGCGGAGCAGCCACUGCCCCCCAGCAGCAGCAGCAGCAGCAGCAACAGCAGCAACAGCAACAGCAGUCGCAGCAGCAGCAGCAACAGGCGACGAGCCUCGUGGGCGGCAGCAGCAAUGCCACGCCCGCCCAAAGUCCGACGAGGAGCGCAGGGGGUGGGGGAGCGUACCACCCGCAACCGCCGCCACCACCACCACCCAUGAUGCCGGUGUCCUUGCCCACCUCGGUGGCCAUUCCGAAUCCCUCGCUGCACGAGUCGAAGGUCUUCUCGCCGUACUCGCCGUUCUUCAAUCCGCACGCCGCGGCCGGCCAGCCAACGGCCGCCCAGCUGCACCAGCACCACCAGCAGCACCACCCGCACCACCAGUCCAUGCAGCUCUCCUCGAGUCCGCCGGGCAGCCUGGGCGCUCUGAUGGAUUCGCGCGACUCGCCGCCGCUGCCCCACCCGCCGUCGAUGCUGCAUCCCGCCCUCUUGGCGGCCGCCCACCACGGCGGCUCGCCGGACUACAAGACCUGCCUGCGGGCCGUCAUGGACGCCCAGGAUCGCCAGUCCGAGUGCAACUCGGCCGACAUGCAGUUCGAUGGCAUGGCGCCUACUAUAUCCUUUUACAAGCAAAUGCAACUGAACACACCCGAACACCAGGAGUCGCUGAUGGCCAAACAUUGCGAAUCCUUGACUCCUUUGCACUCUUCUACAUUGACACCGAUGCACCUGCGCAAGGCCAAGCUGAUGUUCUUCUGGGUGCGCUAUCCCAGCUCCGCGGUGCUCAAGAUGUACUUCCCGGACAUCAAGUUCAACAAGAACAACACAGCACAAUUGGUUAAAUGGUUCUCAAACUUCCGAGAAUUCUACUACAUACAAAUGGAGAAAUAUGCACGACAAGCUGUCACCGAAGGCAUCAAGACACCCGAUGAUCUGUUGAUUGCUGGAGAUAGUGAAUUGUAUCGCGUGCUCAAUUUGCACUACAAUCGCAAUAACCACAUUGAGGUACCCCAGAAUUUCCGCUUCGUGGUCGAAUCGACACUGCGGGAGUUCUUCCGUGCAAUACAGGGUGGCAAAGACACCGAGCAGUCGUGGAAGAAGUCCAUAUACAAGAUCAUAUCGCGCAUGGACGAUCCCGUGCCCGAGUACUUCAAGUCGCCCAAUUUUUUAGAGCAGCUGGAAUAAGUGGAGGAGUUGGCGCUGCCGCCGCUGCCGUUGCCGUUGCCGCAUCCGCUGGGGAUGCCACCGCCCAUCAGUCCGGCGUCCACCAGCACCUGCACCACCAACACCAACACCAACGCCACCACCACGAACUGCAGCAGCACCACCGCUACCUCCACCAGCAACUCCAGGGCAGGCAGCAGCCAUUCGAAGGCGCGACGCAGGCCAAAGCUAAAAGGCUAAACCUGCGCAGGAAACACGACUGGAUAUGACCAACUCCCCCAGCCAAAAAAACGAACAAUUCAGAACAAUACAAUACAGUACACACUCUGCAAAAUGGAACUUGGACAUGUAGCUGAGUCGAAAACGCGUUUAGAAAACACACUGAGCAAAAUAUUUUUUCAAAAAUUUCCAAAACCACACAAACACACGAACAAAUAUUACACAUGAACCUCAGCAAAAAAAGCAGCGACAAGAGUAUGAAGAGAGUGAACCAGGGAAAUCUUAUUUUCCCAGGUCGAUUGAACAAAACCAAAACAUAAACAUAAACAUAAACAUAGAGCAGCAAGUCUUAAUCUAAUGUGAAAUAGUGCAAAUUGAAAAAAACCUGAGCCACACACCUGAGAACACCCACAACCGAGCAUAUUUUACAGGCAGUGUAAACUGUACUCGCCGUUGGUUUGUUAGUUGAAAUUUUUUUGAAAAUAUUUACAGCAGAUUACGUAUACGUAUGAAUAUUUAACAAAUAGUUGAGCCGUCUAAUGAUCUACCGAAAGUUGACACACAUUCCAUGAAACACUUAAAAAAAAAACAAAACACCAACACGAUAACCACACGCAUUCCACGCACACACACACACAGACCCACAUCGGUACAAAGUGUGUGUUCAUUUGAGAGAGCGAAAGUCGCUUGGUCAAGCAGUAAGUGGAUCUUGCCACACUGCUUGGUCGACCGACUUUCCGGUAAGCAGUUUCCACUGCCCAGUUGUGCACUGCUUUACAAAAGCAUGUGCAGCUUCGUCAGUCGGAAAUCGGGAAUUAAUCUUAAAAUCACCCGAAAGCUAAGGUUGCUAUACCCCCUUAAUCCCCCCUUAAGCGCUAAGCAUAUAUUCGAUGUCUAUUAAGCGAAACUUUAAGCAAAAAAAUCACCAAAAAAAGGUUAAGAAAUUGCAAAAACUAUUUAGAUUUUUAAUGAGAGAGCCAGAGUUAUUUGUACGAGCAGAGGGCGUUAGGGUAGUUAAUAUUAUCAUUUGCUAUAUACGUUAUGCGAACCUUCGACCAAAGUUAAUUGUUAACAUGAAACCCUUGAAUACGGUUUAUUUUUAAUCAAUUCUUUUACUUUAGUGCCCACAUUUGAGCACGCAUCUUAAUUUUAUAGAAUAAUCAACAUACACACCAACACAUCACAAACACACACACACACACACUAGUCUGUUAUUUAUGUAAAUAAUUUAUACGUUUAGUUAAGUUAACGUUUAGUUUAAUUAAUUUACUUUACUUGGCCUUGAGUUGCAACAAAACAAAAUAUACACGAAACACCAAAAAUACAAAUUAAAAAUAUGGUUUCUUUUAUUCUCCUGAUUUGUUGUGAUUAUAUGGAUUAUAUAUGUAAGACUAUAAUAGCCGAUCGCUGGCUGGCUGAGAUCGAUCAUGCACUUCUCAUUCAUCAGCACAGCAGACACAGCAUGGAAAGUGGGCGGGUUUAGAGGGAUAUGUUUGCCUGCUCUCCGUCCGGCGAACUUUGGGCCAGGGGCGGGCAAACCCUGUUGUUCCUGCAGCUGCAAUCAUCUCAUCUCCGAUUGCAACUGCAAUGCGACAACAGCAAACAACAUCAUCAACUGCAUGCAAAACAUUUGAAAACUUUGGCUCAGACUAAAUCAUAUUCCUCGAACGAAACGAACGAAGCGAAAUCCAUCAUUUCGGCCCAACAAUUGCUCCGAGGAGCUCCAUCA